AGUUUUAGAGUGCCAAGGGCUGCCCAUUGUGAAUGGACAAUGUGAUCCCUAUGCCACAGUUACCUUAGCAGGACCCUCCAGAUCAGAAGCCAAAAAGACUAAAGUUAAAAAGAAGACCAACAAUCCACAUUUUGAUGAAGUGUUUUAUUUUGAGGUUACAAGACCCAGUAGCUACAACAAGAAAUCCCAUUUUGAUAUUGAAGAUGUUGAUGAAGUUGACAAAAUGGAGAUUAGGGUUGAUCUUUGGAAUGCCAGUAACUUGAAGUUUGGAGACGAGUUUUUAGGAGAACUGAGACUCCCUUUGAAAUUUCUCCGACAGUCUAGUUCUUAUGAAGCAUGGUAUUUCCUGCAGCCCAGAGAUAAUGGUAACAAGUCAUUGAAACCUGAUGACCUUGGUUCCUUAAGGUUAAAUGUGGUUUACACUGAGGACCAUGUUUUUUCCUCAGACUAUUACAGUCCACUUAGAGACCUCCUGCUAAAAUCUGCAGAUGUUGAGCCCGUUUCAGCAUCGGCUGCACACAUUUUGGGUGAAGUUUGCAGAGAAAAACAGGAAGCAGCCAUACCUCUGGUCAGGCUUUUCUUACACUAUGGCAAAAUUGUGCCUUUCAUAAGUGCCAUUGCAAAUGCUGAAGUGAAGAGAACUCAAGAUCCAAACACCAUUUUCAGAGGAAACUCAUUAACUUCCAAGUGCAUUGACGAGACAAUGAAACUGGCAGGGAUGCAUUAUCUGCAAGUUACUCUAAAGCCAAUUAUAGAUGAGAUCUGCCAGGUCCAUAAAACUUGUGAAAUCGAUCCUGUGAAAUUAAAAGAUGGUGAAAACCUGGAAAAUAACAGGGAAAAUUUGAGGCAAUAUGUUGAUCGCAUUUUUACUGUCAUUACAAAAUCUGGUGUAAGCUGCCCUACAGUGAUGUGUGAUAUUUUCUUUUCACUGAGAGAAUCAGCUGCCAAACGUUUUCAAGGUGACCUAGAUGUGAGGUAUACAGCUGUCAGCAGCUUUAUUUUCCUGAGAUUCUUUGCUCCUGCCAUUCUUUCUCCAAACCUCUUUCAGCUUACACCACACCAUCCAGAUCCCCAGACCUCUCGGACUUUGACACUGAUCUCUAAAACCAUCCAAACGUUAGGCAGCCUAUCAAAAUCUAAAUCUGCCAACUUUAAGGAAUCCUACAUGGCCACUUUUUAUGACUAUUUUAAUGAGCAGAAAUAUGCAGAUGCAGUAAAAAAUUUUCUAGAUUUAAUUUCAUCUUCAGGAAGGAAGGAUCACAAGAGCAUAGAGCAACCUAUAUUGCUUAAAGAAGGGUUCAUGAUCAAGAGAGCACAAGGAAGGAAACGAUUUGGGAUGAAAAACUUCAAGAAGAGGUGGUUUCGCCUGACAAACCACGAGUUUACCUAUCAGAAAAGCAAAGGUGACCACCCUCUGUGUAGCAUUCCAAUUGAAAACAUUCUGGCAGUGGAAAGACUGGAGGAGGAAUCCUUUAAAAUGAAAAAUAUGUUCCAGGUGAUCCAGCCUGAAAGAAGAGUCCUGUAUAUCCAAGCAAAUAACUGUGUGGAGGCCAAGGACUGGAUUGAUAUCCUCACCAAAGUCAGCCAGUGCAACAAGAAGCGCCUCACGGUCUACCACCCCUCUGCCUAUCUCAAUGGCCACUGGCUGUGCUGUAAAGCUACUGCAGAUAACACUCCUGGCUGCACACCCUGCACAGGAGGCCUUCCAGCAAAUAUCCAACUGGAUAUAGAUGGAGACAGAGAAACUGAGCGUAUCUACUCCCUUUUCAACCUGUAUAUGCCAAAACUGGAGAAAAUGCAAGAGGCCUGUGGCAGCAAAUCUGUCUAUGAUGGACCUGAAGAGGAAGAAUAUUCUACAUUCAUCAUUGAUGACCCUAAGGAGACAUAUAAAACACUAAAGCUGAUUAUUGAAGGUGUUGGAACUUUAGAGCAAGAGCAUGCUCAAUAUAAGAGGGAUAAAUUUAAGAAGACAAAAUAUGGAAGCCAAGAACAUCCCAUUGGUGACAAGAGCUUCCAGACGUACAUCAGGCAGCAGUCAGAGAUCUCAGCACAUUCCAUAUGAAGUGCAAAGGAAACCACGGGGCACUGCUCAAGGGUGGAUGAGUGAAGCUGAAGAGCAAAACAAAAGGGAAGCCACACAUGUAGCAAAACGUAUGGAUAAGUGUCAAGCUUACAAACUCUGAGACUUGCUAAACGUAUUCUCUUUUCAAGAAACUGUUACAGUAGUUGCUAUGCACUUUAUUCAUCUGGUUAUUGACAGAUGAUAAAACUCUGCCUUCUAGGCAGCUGUUGUCGUGUAUUUUUAAAUUUCCUUGGGUUUCUUGGAAUCUAGUGAUCAGUUCAAUGAUCGAGGUGUGUGGACUUCAUCUUGACAACUCCCAUGCAAUUCCUUAUGUUUCAGAAACCUGCUGGUAGGCAGCAUUUUCUAGGAUGGUUGUUUGUUCCUGUUUUUUGUUCCUGGUUAAUGUAUAUUAUGCCACACCCCUGUGUGCUCUCUUAGGAAAAGCUUAAUAACACUUUGCCUGCAUUUAGAGAAGAAGCAGAGAAACAAAAAACCCUCUGGUGUUAAACUCUUGCAUUGUAUCUUCUAUUCUGAGCAGGCCUUUUGUUUUUACAGCAGCAUCAUUUUUGCUAAAUGUGCACAGUUUUUAAGAGAAAUUCAGAUCUGAAUGGUACUCUUGAUAUUUUUGAGAUACAAAGUCAUUUCUCCAGACACA